CUUAACUCCAAUAAAAAUCCAGACAGAGGUAUUUAAGAAGAAAGGCCUUCUAUCAAAGUUCUUUCUCUUCUUGGACUUUUAAAUAGUGACUACCUAAAUUGAAUAUCGGGCAAGAGUAAGAUUAAGCAGUAGUUUGUUCCAAAGAAGAAUCUUCUACCAAGGAGCAACUUUAAAGAAUGAAAUUAACUUUUCUCUUGGGCCUGUUGGCUCUUACUUCAUGUUUCAUGCCCAGUGAGAGUCAAAGAUUCCCUGGAAGACCAUAUCUAUCUGGCCAGCGGCCACCACCUCCACCUUAUAGGCCAAGAUGGGUUCCACCAAGUCCCCCACCUCCCUAUGGCUCAAGACUUAAUUCACCACUUUCUCUUCUCUUUGUUCGAGGGCGAGUUCCACCAUCUUCUUUUUCUCAGUUUAGCCAGGCAGUCAUUCUAUCUCAACUCUUUCCAUUGGAACCUAUUGGACAACCUCGACUCUUUCCGGGUUAUCCAAACCUACAUUUCCCACUAAGACCUUACUAUGUAGGACCUUUUAGGAUAUCAAAACCCCCAUUUCCUCCUAUUCCUUUUUAUUUUGCUAUUUACCUUCCCAUCUCUAACCCUAAACCCCAAAUAAAUACCACCACCGCAGAUAAAACAAUCACCGCAAAUCCGCCUACCACCGCAACAGCGACCUCCAACACAUCCACAAAACAUACAAUGACAGUCACCUCUUCAACAGUACCUAUCUCUUCAACACCAGAUCCUGCUGCCUUCAUAUCAGCAGCAACCCCCACAGCACCUACUGAAAAUAGUACUCAAAUUCUCACCAACCCUCCUCACACUGUAUUGCUCAGUGCCACUGUCCAAGUUACGGCUUCCAACCAAACUACAUUCAGCAGCACAAUCCCUAAAAGUUUUUGGCAAAAACUUUUUGACAUUUUUGGUUGAAGAUGCAAGAAAUGAUAUUUUCCAAACUGCUCUGAUAUCUGAGAAGAAAUAAACUGCGAUAAUUUUGAUGGAACCAACCCUGACCUAACCAGCACACCAAAUAAAUAAAGUAUUUGAGUAGUAAUAUG